AUGGCCACCACCAACACACGCCUGUCGUACAUACCGCUCGAGUCCAACCCGGACGUCUUCACGUCCCUGGCCCGCCGCCUCGGGCUCCCGGACCGGCUGGCCUUCCACGACGUGCUGUCGCUGGCGGAACCAGACCUGCUGGCCCUGGUGCCGCGGCCCGCCCGCGCUCUCGUGCUCGCCUUCCCGGCCCCCGAAGCCAACUACGAGCGGCGCGUCAGGGACCGGGAGGAGGGGCGGCCCGCCCACGACAAGACGGGCGACGCCGAGGACGUUGUCUGGUUCCGCCAGACCAUCUACAACGCCUGCGGGCUGUACGCGCUGCUGCACGCCGUCGCCAACGGGGCAGGCGAUGAGAUAGGUUGGUGGUGGCGGUUACAUUUCCUUUUUCAGUGUCGGGUUAUCGUGUGUUGGAGCCCGCGAGUAGCUACGGGGGGCUGAUCGUCGUGGUGGGGGGUGAACAAACCAAAAAAACCAGCCCCGGACUCGGUCCUGUCCCGCCUGCUGGCCAAG